CUCGGAUACUCCUCCUCUCCCAUCACCGUGCCAAACCCCUCCGUCGGCUUGCAGCACCACCUUCCUGAGACAAGAUCCUUUUUGUGUUUCGACGGGAAAAACAUGGCUGAAGUUGUCGUUCAGGCCGAUAGAAGAAGCGAGGGGAUUCUGAUCAACGAUGACUGGCCAGGUUACAGAUUAGAUCUCUUCAACUACCCAGCUCAUUACUCCGGAGAUUUAGACUGUGUCAUCAUUCCACAUGGCGUCAUUAUGGACAGGACAGAACGUCUUGCUCGGAACAUCAUGGAUGACCUUGGGGACCAUGACAUUGUGGUGCUGUGCGUGCUAAAAGGAGGCUAUCAGUUCUGUGCCGACCUGGUGGAACGGAUCAAGGCUCUCAGUCGCAAUUCCAACCACACAAUCCCCAUGAGGGUCCACUUCAUCCGGCUCAGGAGCUACCUGAAUGACCAGUCGACAGAAGACCUUCACAUACUGGGAGCAGAAGAUUUGUCUUUUUUAGCUGGAAAGAACGUACUGAUUGUUGAGGGCAUUGUUGGCACUGGAAAGACAAUGGAGACUCUCUUGAAGCACGUCGAAGCCUUCAGACCCAAAAUGAUCAAAGUCGCAGGGUUGCUGGUGAAGAGAGUGCAGCAUAGCUUAGCCUGCGUUCCUGAUUAUGUCGGCUUUGAGAUACCCAAUCGUUUUGUGGUUGGCUAUGCCUUGGACUACAAUGAGUAUUUUAGGGACCUCAAUCACAUUUGCGUUAUUAGCGAAAGUGGAAAGAAGAAAUAUAAGGUCUGAAGGCAAACGACGACACAGAAGGGUCUACAUUACAAUGUCCUUUUUACAGAAAGCCCAGAGAUUUUCUCCAGAGAUGCCAUUUUCUCACAUGUGGCUGUGAUGGCAUCUAAUCUUAGCACCCUUAGCAGUAAUAUUUCUUCUAACAUGUUUAUAGUUCAAUAGGGCAAGAAUCUGUGAAAUACUUUUAAAAUAAUAGUCACACUAUAUUUGUUUACAUGAACAAAAAGCUGCUUAAUUUAAAAUAAGGCCUUUAUAAUAGUGAUUUGUAUCCUGUUGUCUGAAAAACAGCAAAGAAAAUGUUUACACUUAAAAUUAAAAAAUUGGAUUUUACUACAAUAUGAACACUUAAUUAUUUUUCCGUCACUUUUAUUUUUAGAGUUUUUAUAGGUCACUCUUCUAUCUUCUAUGUAGGCUCAGGGGCAGACGAUGUACAGUCGUAUUAUCAAAACUAAGUGUGCUAACUACCUCUGUUUUUUUAUGUUUCUGUUUCCCAAGUAUUUGAGUUAGGCUUUGUUUCUUUGUUUCUUUUUACACAUUAUUUUAAAGUUGUAAAGAUGUGGGAAAGAAAUAUUUCAAAUGUGAAAUUAUUCUUGUGUGGAUUAAAUGAUUAUUGUUAACCAAAAUAACAAAGUGAUAUAAAAACACAGGCAGUGGGUUUUGGCCUUAGAACUCUCACAUGGACAUCAUUACGGCUUUAGAAAUGGCUUUGUAACUAUUUCUUCAGGUAGGGGCACAAUGUGUUUUGCUUUUUGAGAUAGUUAUGUCUACUUCACGUUGUCUGACAGGUUUUAUUAAAGUGAUUUCUUGAUUCUGUAGGCCUGUUAGUAAUCAGGCCUGGGUUUGCCUAAUGAAACUGUACCACAAAAAUGUUUGUGAUCACAGUUGUGAUAUAACAAGAGGUGUGAUUUGAUUUUCCACAUAGGGACCGGUUGGUUUGGAUAACUUUUUUGUGCUUACAAUUUUAGACCUUAACUAGUCUUUAGAUUUUCUAUAAUUGGUUGUAAAAUACAUUAGUUAUAUCUGAA